AUGCUCGCGUCCCUUCUUUUCGCGCUUGCUCUGAGCAAAGCAUGCCUCGCGCAUGGAGAUCACGGAAACCACGGGCAAAAGCCCAUUGUGGAUGAGCAUGCUAGCUGGAUGACGAAACACAUGGCUGAGGAGCACCAUGCCGACGACUUCGAUGCGGGCUCCUUCUUCGUCCUGCACGACUACAACAGCGACGGGCAUUGGGAGCCCGAGGAGAUCCUGAGGACGUACGGGCUCUUCGACGACUCAAAUAAAAAGGUCACCGAGGAGCGCAAAAAGGAAAUCGUCCGGGAAGUGCUCCGUCUGGCCGACAACAACAAGGACGGCGUAAUCAGCAAGGACGAGUUCGAGAUCUUCAUGUUCGAGGGCGGAACGCUGCCAGACUUUGGCACCGGGCCCGGACACCACGGCGAUGAUGAGUAUGAAUACGAGAUCCACCAUUGGGAGCUCUACCACGACGAGAAUACCAAGCUCGAGGAUCUGACGCAUCCCGAGGACAUUGAGCAUUUCAAGAAGCAUGAGGAGAUGGAGGACGAGCAGGACAGGAUCGAGGAGCUCAAACAUCGGCAGAUCGUCGAGGAGAAUAUUCCCAACAAGUUCAGGAGAUCUGGUUGA